AUGCACUCCAAUGGGGCCUUUCCUCUUCAGAUCACGGGGUACUGGCACACAGUACUCCUAGCUACUGAUGAUCCACAGACAAUCAAUGAAUAUGGGGAGAUGUGGGUCCAUCUGCGUCACCUGGAGUGUAGUGAGGACUGUAAUGAGAUUGCCUUCGGUUUCUACAUCAGGUUGAAAAAGAAAUGCCAUAAGUUCAUAGUUGUGGGGAAAAGAGUCUGGGAUGAUGUCUACGAUGCUGUCUACUUGGGUAAAAACGCCUUCCAAAUCAAGUAUUAUGCAUAUAUAGUCGUAAUACUUUACAAUGAAAAUACGGACCAAAAUGGCAAAGUUGUACGUGCGACUGUGCUGGCUGCAAAAGAAAGCAGUGUGAGUGAGGAGGAACAGAAGAGAUUUGAAGAGCUGACGGUGAAAAUGAACAUUCCAAAGGAAAACAUAAGAAAUGUGAUGGAAAUUGGUAAAGUCACUUUUCCAUUUCCUGUGGUAUAG